UUCAGGUUUGGCUUUGUUUGGAUCAUAAACUCAAAGGUUUGCUUGUAUUGAUAAAAAGUUAACUCUUUUAAUUAAUAAUUGUGACAUUAAUUUAAAUCAACGUAAUUGCAACACUAGCCGAUGCUCAAAUUAUUUAAAAAAAUUUUUUUUAAUCAUACAAAAAACGAGUGACAACUGACAGAGUUAUUGAUGAUUGUAUCAGUAAUUAUUAUUCAUAUUUAUAAAUAAUGGAGAGUGAAGUCGAGUGUCCGAUUUGUUCAAAAAAAUUUCCGCAAUCAACUAUUGAAACUCAUGCUUCCAAGUGUUUGUUUUUAAAUGAGUCGACUUCAGAACCCCAGGCGUUUCUUAAAAGACCGCGAAUUGAUAAUCAAUCCAAGGCCAAGAGUCCUAAUGUUGUUAAAAAAUUAAAAAAAAAUGUAAAUACUAAUUUAAGUCAAACGCAAAUUUUUUUGUCUUCAUCGGCUACUGAAAAACGUAACGUUGAAAAUGUUGAUGAUGUUCCCAAUGCCGAGACUGAGGAAAUAAAUGUUACCACAAAACCUGUGAAAAAAGAAAAUGUACCUCUGGCUGAAAGAAUGAGACCGACAUCUCUGACAGAUUAUGUUGGACAAUCUCACAUUCUCGGAGGACAAAGUAUGUUAUUGCAAUUAUUAAAUAAAGGAGAGAUUCCUAAUAUUAUUCUUUGGGGACCACCGGGGUGUGGUAAAACUUCUCUAGCAAAUGUAAUAUCUAAUAUAUGUAAGAAAGAUACUACUGGAAAAACACGUUACGUUAAAUUAUCAGCCGCAAUGUGUGGGGUAGCUGAAGUUAAAGAAGCAACAACAAUUGCCGGUAAUGAUUUAAAAUUUGGCCGCCGUACUGUUAUAUUUAUGGACGAAAUCCAUAGAUUUAAUAAAUUACAGCAGGAUAUAUUUUUACCCCACGUUGAGUCUGGAAGAAUAACAUUAAUAGGAGCGACAACUGAAAAUCCAUCAUUUAGUUUGAAUUCAGCGUUGCUCAGCCGCUGCCGCGUAAUUGUUUUAGAAAAACUAACAGUAAAAGAUUUGUUAAAUAUUUUAAAUCGCGCGGUAGAAUCAAUUAAAGGCGUAAUAUUCAAAGACACUAUUGAUGUCAAUAGUUUGCCAGAAGUACCGCGAUUUUUAAUUGACGAAAAGACGAUUGAAUUUUUGGCAGAUACUUGUGAUGGAGAUGCGCGAAUAGCUCUAGGCGGUUUGGAGCUGGCUAUUCAAUCGAUAGUGCCCAAUGAAAAAGACUUUCUGGUGAAAGGUCCUGGUUUGAUAACGCUUGAGGACAUCCAGGAGAGUUUGAAAAAGACUCACAUGCUGUAUGACAAGAAAGGAGACCAGCACUAUGAUAUGAUUUCAGCAUUACAUAAAUCUGUGCGUGCUAGCGAUGAAAACGCUGCGUUAUACUGGCUGACGAGAAUGUUAUCAGGUGGAGAAGAUCCUGUUUAUAUUGCCCGUAGAUUGGUACGAAUGUCUUCUGAGGACAUUGGUCUCAAGGAUCCAAAAGCUCUAGGUAUUGCUGUACAUACUAUGCAUGCUUGUAAAAUGAUGGGAAUGCCUGAGUGCGAUGUCUUACUCGCUCAAUGCGCUAUAUAUUUAGCAAGAGCUCCUAAAUCACGAUUAAUGGAGGAUGCUCUUAGAGCAGCGCAGCGAGUUGUUGCUAAUCACAAAGGUCCGCAACCUGGUGUACCUUUGCAUCUAAGAAAUGCUCCAACCAAACUUAUGGGAGAGCUUGGAUAUGGAAAAGGUUACAAUAUGAGACAUCAUGAAGAAUCCGGUCUGAGUUAUCUACCUCAAGGUUUAGAGGAUGUUGAUUUUUUUAAUGGCGAAGAUCCAAUGGAGGCUGAGUAAUUAUUGUUAAAACUAAAUAUAUAUAUUUUAAGUACUGUAAAAAAAAUAACGUUAUUUUUUUGACUAAAAUGCAGGGUACGGAAAGUACAAAUAAAGUAUUAUAAUUGUUAA